GAGUGACGUUGGUAGGCUUACCAUCACAAGAUUGUGUUAUCCAGCUGAAAGCUCCUUAGCCCUUCGUUCAUUUUUCUCCCUUUUGCUCUUCAUUCUGCCCGAAUUCUAUGCUUUACCCGCAUUGCCCUGCGCCAUUGCUCACUUUAAUCCCAGGUUGCUAUUGGCUGUCUCCAGGUUGAAGAAUGGCCUUUGCUUUACAAUCGCAUUUUCUUGCCAAUCAGGCCAUCCAUUAUCGUAUUGGAUCGCAGGUUCUGAGUGAUAAUAAGUGCAGCUGGACCACAGGUGACUUCUGUGAGAGUCUAGUAAUAGUGAAAUUCUUGCCAAAUAGAUGGAGACCCAGACACCUGAAGUUUCUUAAAGCUCCUAAGAUAUGCGGUGCAUUGGGUCCUAGAUGCCGUAAAUGCCCAGACUCACCUUUACUUAGAAAAGAGAAUAGCUCUUCGACAAGCAAGAAUAACAUGGAUAUGUAUAAGGAAAUAUGCAAAUACUGGAAGGCAUUACCCUUGAUCAUUGGUAGGAAGUGGAGCCACUUUGCCCAAACUGCUAUCGUAGCUGCAUUUGUCUUAAUGGUGAUUCCACAGGCCGAUGCAGUGGAUGCUCUUAAAACUUGUACUUGCUUACUCAAAGAAUGCAGGUUGGAGCUUGCCAAAUGUAUUGCAAACCCUUCAUGUGCAGCCAAUGUUGCUUGUCUCCAGACUUGCAAUAACAGACCUGACGAAACAGAAUGCCAGAUAAAGUGCGGUGAUUUGUUUGAAAACAGCGUAGUAGAUGAGUUCAACGAGUGUGCAGUAUCUAGAAAGAAAUGUGUACCACGUAAAUCUGAUGUGGGCGAGUUUCCUGUUCCUGAUCCAAGUGUUCUUGUCAAAAGCUUUGACAUGAAAGACUUCAAUGGGAAAUGGUUUAUAACCCGUGGACUAAAUCCCACUUUUGACACUUUUGAUUGCCAAUUGCACGAGUUCCAUGUUGAAGACAACAAACUUGUGGGAAAUAUAUCAUGGCGGAUACGGACACCAGACGGAGCAUUUUUUACUCGAUCAGCUUUACAGAAAUUUGUGCAAGAUCCGCAAUAUCCAGGGAUAUUAUACAAUCAUGGCAAUGAGUAUCUUCACUACGAAGACGACUGGUAUAUAUUGUCAUCCAAAGUUGAAAAUACGCCAGAUGAUUAUAUAUUUGUAUAUUAUCGUGGAAAAAAUGAUGCAUGGGAUGGAUACGGUGGUGCUGUACUGUACACGAGGAGUGCUGUUCUGCCAGAAAGUAUAGUUCCCGAAGUACAGAGGGCAGCACAGAGCGUAGGGCGUAAUUUUGACGAAUUCAUAAAAACUGACAAUACUUGUGGACCCGAACCUCCCCUUGUGGAGAGACUGGAGAAGACGGUUGAAGAGGGAGAGAAGACAAUCAUAAGAGAAGUGGAAGAGAUAGAAGGUGAAGUGGAGAAGGUGACAAGUAAGGAAAUCAAUUUGUUCAGUAAACUGUUGGAAGGCUUGAAGGAACUGCAGAAGGAUGAAGAGUACUUCCUAAAGGAGCUGAGCAAAGAAGAAAAGGAAGUUCUUGAUGGGCUUCAAAUGGAAGCAAGUGAAGUGGAGAAACUAUUCGGUCGCGCUUUGCCUUUGAGGAAACUAAGAUAAUAGUGGCCAUGAACACGAUGAUCGUCUUAUUCUUCGUUAGUAUUUCGAAACUUGAAUGUAUAGUACAUCUUAUAUUCAUAUAGGUUAUAUGUUGGUAUGCAAUUCAUCCUCUUCAUCUCCAUGUAUGGUUACACACACUCAAAUUGAAUUACUAUAAAGUCCCAUGCUUCUUCUUCCCA